AUGUCUCUCCAGACGCCCCGCAUCUUGCCCGACCAGCUUCACAGCUUCCACCCCAACAGCACCGGCCAGCGCACCCCUCACACCGUGCGCAUCCUGGGCACCGUGAGCGCGCUGCACGGCGAUACAGCUACCGUCACCUGUGGUGGCCAUGGAGAUGUUACUCUGCUCCUGAAACCCGACUCACAUCUUCAGAUGGGCAAGUUGAUUGAGGUUGUUGGGAAGGUGACUGAUGUCGAGGGUGGGAAGCUGGGGCUCCGGGUUCUGGGGACGACUGAUUGGGGCAACCCUGCUGAUUGUGAUUACAAGAUCUACGAGCAGGUCGUCAAUGCGACACAGAAAAUCAAGACAAUUUUCUACGAUGCGGAGUAA